AUGGAGCAAAGUCUGGAGGGGGAGAUAGGCAAUUUGCCUUGUACGUGUAAAGUGAACUUUCCCGACCCGAACAAGCUCCAUUACUUUCAGCUUACCGUAACCCCAGAUGAGGGUUACUACCAAGGUGGAAAAUUUCAGUUUGAAACUGAAGUCCCUGAUGCUUACAACAUGGUGCCUCCAAAAGUAAAAUGUUUGACCCGGAUCUGGCACCCCAACAUCACAGAGAUGGGUGAAAUAUGUUUAAGUUUACUGAGAGAACAUUUGAUCGAUGGCACUGGGUGGGCUCCCACAAGAACAUUAAAGGAUGUGGUCUGGGGAUUAAACUCAUUAUUCACUCCCAGCCUAGACCCUCCGCUCCUCUGCCGCUAA